AUGUCCGAGAUCAAGUCCAAGGGCGGAGUGCAAAUCGCGAAAGGGGACACGGUCAGCACGCCUGUCGAACAAAUUCUCCCUGGUGACGACGACUCGCAACAGGCAGAGGAAUUGCUGAGAGACGUCAAAGGCGCGACACACCCGCCCGCAGUGGUCUUUACGGACCAGAAUGGGAAAAGGGUCGCGCAUCGGCCGGGGACGUUGAGAGAUUUAAGUAAGGAUGAAGAUAAAGAUCAUUGA